AUGUCGUUCGAGGAGCAGUACGACUCGGGACGCUACGGCGCAGCGCCACCCCCGUCACAGCGCUAUGAGGGCGGGCAGCCGGCUUUCGGGCCAUCGGGCGCCACCACGGCUGCGGCCCGUCCGCCCACCGCCACUGCGGUGCCGUCGGGUCCCUACAUGCGGGUGGUGCGGGCCUCGUACGGGGCGGGCACCAAGCUGAUCGACGUCACGGCCACUCUCCAGCAGCUCAUCUUCAACAAGGGCGGCCUCACCCUCGACGCCUUCGGAUACACCACCCUCCGGCCCAACGGCUGCAUGAACGCCCUCUUCGGUGACCCUGCUCCGGGAGAGGACAAGCAGCUGCUGUUCUCGUUCGAGGUGGUGGGCACGCCCAAGCUCCUCACCAAGCCGGAAGACAUCAAGAAGCGGGUGGUGGCGAUGAUGGUGACGAUGGUGGUGGCGAUGGGCCGCGCGCAGAUGACGUUGACGAUGGACCACCUGUACACGAAGACGACGGGCAAGAGCAGCCCGCCGGAGGAGGUGAAGCUCUUCUGCGCCGACAUCGUCAAGGCCUCCUACGGCCUCGAGAACCGCGUGUACGACGUCACUACCACCCUUCGCAUCAUGCUCUCCGAACAAGGAGGGAAGGGUCUGCGGGCAUUCGGGUACACGCUCAAGCCCAACGGGUGCAUGAACAAGGCCUUCGGCGACCCCGCACCGGGCAAGGACAAGAUUCUCACAGUGGAGUACCUGUGGCGCACACCCGUGCUGGCCUACGCCAUCGACGAGGACAAGAAGGUGUCCCUCAACUUCGAGGCCCUCCGACCUCUCCUUUAA